AGCAGGUCUCAUCAUUUCUAACGCAUCAUAUUGACAAACUCUUUUUUAAACCGUUUCUUUCUCUCCUUCUUGUGUGUGAGCAGACUGGGUAAAGCUCUCUGACCGCAACGUAUUUGUACACACACAAAGUUACGGCAAAGUAAAGAUUUGGCAAUUAUCUUCCCUUUUUGUGUGCAGGAAUGAAAUUUCAAACUAUGAUUUGUGUUGUGAUAAUUGGAAUGGCUCUGGUUGCACCUUCGAUUGGCUAUAUCAUUCCUGGAAUGAAGAAGCGACAAGUUGAUAUGAGGGGAAUCAGUUUAUAUGGAAUAGAUUCCUAUUCGAUGGCCCAGCAAGAAGCUCAACGUCAACACUACAUCAAUCCGAAACCCAACUAUGUCACCGAGUUCUACCCAGUCUAUGACUUUGGACGACGCUAACGUUUUUCGUAUUUUGACCAUCGAAUGUUGGCACAAUCACACUUAAAACAAAUAAAUGAACUUUUCU